AGAAAGGGAGUGUGGAGUAACUGAUGUGUCCACACAAAGGCACUGUUCCCUGUUUCUCUCACUCUACACUGUAUACUGAGCUGUGAAUGGGGUCAGUGAGUUUAUUGUUUUACAUAACAGGUUUAGAGAUCUGCUCUCAAUACGAAGGGCAGUUACCACUGUACAGUUUCUGGUGCCUGUGUUUGUGUCACUGCUGGAUCUCUGGGUCAGUCUGACAGCAGUAUUGAAGACGAGGCCCAGUGAUUGAGCUUCUCAUUUGCUACAGCUGGAGAUGAAGCGUCUCAUCCAGACGUCUGUCUCUGAAGGGGUGACGGUGACCAGACUGUCCAGCUCCAUCACCCUGCACCGGAGCCCGGCCCAGCCCCCACCGGCCAGCCCGAGGUGGGGAGAUCGACAGUCUAAACCCCUGCUGCUGCUGCUGCCCUGGCUUGGAGCCCAGCCCCACUCCGUGGAGAGGUACCGGCAGAUCUAUUACCCUGAGGGCUAUGACGUGCUGACGGUGGAGAGCUGUCUGGGACACUUCCUGUGGCCUGGGCGGGGGCUGAGCCACGCUGCCCGUGUGCUGGAGCUCCUACAGAGCGAGCGCUUUGCCUCGCGCCCCCUCCUCCUCCACGCCAUCUCCCUGGGGGGCUACACCUUCAGCCAGAUGAUGAUCCUCACCCUGAGGGACCCCUCGCUCCACACCGCCUUCAGUCAGCGCCUCACCGGCCAAAUCUACGACAGUCUGGUGAUCGGGAGCCUGGAGAGGAUGGCGAAAGGUGUUUCCCAGAUGUUGUCCCAUUCCCGGCUGGAGCCGCUGGUCAGGCGUUUGGUGCUCCUGUACUUCGGCCUGUUUGCCGGCAGCACCGUGCGGCACUACCGCACUGCAGUGGAGGUCUUCCGGAAGCUUCCGUGCCGGGCCCCGGCCCUGGUCUUCUCCUGCGGGGACGACCCGCUGAGCGAAUGGCCCGAGCUGGAGGGGCUGCUGCAGAGCUGGCGGGGGAAGGGUUUGGCGGUGCGCAGCAAACACUGGGCACGAUCCCGGCACGCCGGCCACCUCCGCCAACACCCCCGGGAAUACCGGGAAACACUGCGCAGCUUCCUGCAGUCGCUCGGAGGCUUGCGCUUGGCAGCCAAGUUAUAGACAGGAUCGAGCGGCGGUGGGUGUGUAACACAGGAACAG